AUCAAUUCCGCUGGCUGUUGUCUCCCUUCACUCCACCACUCUCUAUUCUCUCCCCUUGGCUCUAAUGUUUACGAUCCGUUAGUACAAUCUGUUCAAUGCUAUGUAUCUGGUCUUGAACUGCUAAACUACUGUCACUUGCUCACUUUAUGGAUAUGCUAUGAACUGUUGACAGUUUCAGAAUGGAAUAAGCUGGACUGUCUUUAAAAUAACUUUAUUUUAUAAUUUCGUAAUAAUGGAUAAUGGUAACAGAAAACAAGAGAGAUAAUCCAGUUCUUCUCCCGCGACACAUUGACGUCAUUUAUAUUCUAAAUAACCUGGAGAAGUUACUGCCCCUUUGUGCCCGUUUCAAUCCCCUGGCGGCGACCUUAGUCAAGGGAAGAUAACAUAGUGAGUUCUUCCGCUUUUAGAUUUGCUCUGGAAGUCUUCUGUGUUUCAGACAAAAGAAGGAUAACUGAUUGACGUCUGCCGGAUUAAUUGUAAAUGGAAUUUCUUAUAAACUGAUCACACAACUGACGGAUAUUUACUACCAAAGAUGGACUUAGCCCAGUCCAGUGUGGAAGAAUGGCUCGACUCCCAUCCAGACGACAUGCAGGACUACUUUCUCAGACAUGCUGACGUCACGUUGGUGAACAAAUGGCUUGUGGCGCACGGAUUUAAUCAGCUUCCAGAUUUCCCAGCUCCCAUAAGAAAUAGUUCCUUGACAAACUUAAGGUAUACCUAUUCUUUCAGUAACGAAAGUAGCAACCCAUCCUCACCCGUGGAUACCAGGUGCAACGACUCAGGUUUCUUCGACUCAUCACGCCACCAGAGGUCCAACUCCAAAAAGCACCUCCGUCACGACUAUGCCAGGUCAAAAAAGCGGAACAUAUUCCGGACGUACGAGCCUAACGGAGGGGAGUCAACCUUGGAGAGCAGACGGAACAGCCUGAAGGAGAUGCGUCAGUUCCGCUCACUCCCGCCAACAUCAGUCAAUCUUCUUAGCAUGUUGAUACAAUCCAAGGUUCGACUUCCCAGAUAUCCGAGUAAAGACAUCGACCACAAGCGGGAACUGAAAGAGACCAACGAGAAAGAAUUUUUCCUCGAGAUCGUGAAAGACAUUUCCAAUGAACUUGACCUUAAAAGCCUCAGCGCCAAAAUUGUGGCCAACGUUAGCUGUAUGCUGGACGCUGACAAAGUCUCUCUCUAUCUUAUCGAGGGCAAGGCGGCAGGGAAGCAGGUCCUGGUCUCCAAAAUAUUCGACCUGCACGCAGGGACGUCCAUCUUCCCAUCAUGCACCGGCGACAUCCGGGUGCCGUGGGGUCAAGGCAUAAUUGGACACGUGGCUGAAACGGGAGAAACUGUCAACUUAAAAGACGCCAUGAAGGACCCACGGUAUAAUGAUGAGCUGGGCAAGAUCACCGGAUACCAGACGGAGACACUCCUCUGCAUGCCCAUCAGAAACGCCGACAAUGAAAUCGUCGGCGUCGCCCAGGCCUUAAACAACAACAAAGAGGAGGGGUUUACUCAGGAGGAUGAGAAGAUGCUGGCUACUUAUUUAACUUUCUGCGGUAUAGGAAUCCAUAAUGCUCAGAUCUUUGAUGCUUAUUCCAAGGAAUAUGAUCGAAAUAGAGCACUCCUGGAAGUGGUCCAUGACUUGUUCACCGAGCAGACGUCCGUGGAUCACGUGGUGUUGAAGAUCAUGCAGAGAGCCCAGUCUCUGUUGAAGUGUGAGAGGUGCUCGCUUCUGCUGAAAGACAAGGAAAGUAACUCGGAGAACGCUUUUGAUAAAAUCUUUGAUCUGGCGUAUCCCAUGAAAAAUGGCCAUUCAGGUAACAGACGUCGAGCUGUGACCAGGCAGGAGACAUUGAAUGGUUUGCAUUCUCUCCCUUAUCUAAACAGCGAUAGGGACAGCAGUCUACGAGUGACCAGUAAGAUAGCCGAGCUGGUUCUACUGACGGGUGAGACGAUCAACAUCACGGACGCAUCCCAGGAUCCCAGGAUCGAACAUGAGGAUGAGACAGUAAAAGGGAUUCGAACCCGGUCCGUGCUGUGUAAGCCAGUCAGAAACAGGCAUUUCCAAAUCAUAGGUGUGGCUCAGGUAAUCAACAGAAUCGACGGUCUUCCGUUCGAUGACCACGACGACCUGCUAUUUGAGGCGUUCGCGAUCUUCUGUGGUCUAGGAAUCAACAACUGUCAGUUGUAUGAACAGGUUUCAUUAGCUGCCGCCAGGCAAGCUGUGGCUCUGGAGGUGUUAUCCUAUCAUGCUUCAGUGCCACAAGAAGAAGUGCUGAAACUGAAGGAGAAGAAGCUUCCAGAUAUCCAAGAAUUGAAGAUCAUGGAAUUUACUUUCAAUGAUUUCUCUUUGGACAAUGACCAAAUGAUGCAGGCCUCUGUCAUUAUGUUCAAUGACUUGGGCUUGAGCAAAAAGUUUCGUAUUGAAUAUGAGACAUUAUGUCGUUGGCUGUUGACGGUCAGAAAAAACUACAGAAAUGUGGCGUACCACAACUGGCGGCAUGCCUUCAAUGUAUGCCAGGUGAUGUUUACAAUACUCAAGCACUGCCAGUGUAAGAAUUAUCUGACAGACAAUGAGACUCUUGCAUUGACAGUUGCCUGUUUGUGCCAUGACCUGGACCACAGAGGUACAAACAACGCCUUCCAACAAAAAUCUAGUUCAGCCUUGUCCCAGCUAUAUGGUACCAGUGCCACAUUAGAACACCACCAUUUCAAUCAUGCAAUCAUGAUUUUAAAUAGUGGGGGAACAAACUUAUUUGGCAACUUAGGUUCAGAAGAUUUUAGUGAAGUUACCAAAUUGUUAAAGCAAGCUAUACUGGCCACAGAUCUUUCUUUACAUAUCCAACUCAGGAGUAAAUUUUUUGCUAUGGUGGAUUCAGGCCAGAAAGUAUUUGAUGACCGUGAGUCUAAAGAAAUAGUACGUAGUGUCAUGAUGACUACCUGUGAUAUUGCUGCCAUUACCAAGCCUUGGGAGGUACAAAGGAAGGUCUCUGAGUUAGUGAUAACAGAAUUUUUUGAUCAAGGAGAUAAAGAAAAGCAUGAAUUAAAUAUUCAACCCCAGGCCUGUAUGGACAGAGACAGACAAGAUGAGAUUGCCAAACUUCAGUUGGCUUGGAUAGAUGGAAUAUGUUUACCUCUCUAUAAGAGUCUAGUGCAGCUGGACUCUGCGUUCCAGCCAAUGUUGGAUGGACUUUUGGACAACCGAUCCAGGUGGGAGAGACUCGAUGCCGAGCGCCUCAGCAAACAUGCAAUACUGGAAACUGGUGUCUAAUAUCCUAUUUGUCUUAUUUUAUCAGCCAAUGUUUUUAGAAUGGUCUCCCAAACACUGAAUAAUAAUUGCAUUGUAAAUAGUAUAAUUUUUACUGACUGAAAAAAUAUUGCACAAUCAUUUGUUUUUAAGUCUCCUGUUUUAUGAAUAUUCAUUCCUUAUUCCAUAUGUAAAAAAUUCUGUACAUAAUAUACAUUUAUUGUAUGAAACAUUAUACUGUUUAAUUAGUUUAAGUAUUGAUGUAAAGUUUUAGUCUAAAAUUUAUACGUUUAUAUAUUUCAAAUAAAAGUAAACAUAAAAUUGUCCCAAAUUAAAAAUAUUAUUAGGAAUGUUUUACCUUUUAAAUUCAUAUACAAUACCUGAGCGGUCCAACAGGUUAAUGGAUAGGUGAAGGUGAACUAGGCCUAUGUUAUGUAUCUACUUUCACUUUUAUUACUGCUGAUCUUAUCAAAGUAAAUUUUUUUUGGAAGACAAAAUUAGAAAUUCAACACCAAAUUUUAUUCACAAUUUGUUGGCCUCUUUCAGUCGUAGAACGUCUAUGGUUCACCAUGAACACUUUUUCAAAUGGCUGUGGAGCCCUAUUUUGGAGAGACACUCCAGUUCACAUAUAUUGCAGGUUAAGGUGGCUUUCGCUUUGGUCAUUUUUUAAAUGGCACACUUCCCUUCCAGAGCUGAGACCCAUAUUUUUUCACUGUUCAUAGCUUUCUUAGUCAUCAUCUUUCUCACAGUAAAAUUAUGAUUAAAGAUUAAAAACUUUCUACAGAGGGCAUUGCUUCCUGGCCAGGAUGAAAUAAGAGUGGUCAUGUAGUUCAGACUCCUUCUGUACCUUUGAAUCAUUAUCCUAUGAAAGGUUUAGAUGACUAAUCCUUUAUCUAUUAAACUGCACAGUGAUUUCCAGAUCAGGCAGCUCUCCAUUACGUUUUCUUCUGUAGGGGGGAGUUUUGGGUGUCUAUAUGCCAAUUUUGCCAAACUUUUUUUUCUUGUUAUAAUAAAGCAUUUUAUCUCGUCUUAUUUUAUCUCAUCUUAUUAUAUCUUAUUUCAUGUUAUAGUUUACCUUAUCAUGUUUUAUCUUGUCUUAUUUUAUCUUGUUUAAUUUUAUCUUAUCUUAUUUUAUCCUGUCUUAUUUUAUAUUAUCUUAUCAUAUUUUAUUUUGUUUUAUCUUGUGUUAACUUAUUUUAUUUUAUACUGUCUUUGAUUUCAAGCUUACGAAAGAAUAUAUAUGAAGGUCCAAAUUUUAACCUGUAAAAAUUGACCCCUGGCACACAUGAAAACUCUGUUCCCAAUUAUCUUAUUAAUUAUAAACGCUCCUUCAAAAAGAAGAUAACUUUUUCGUACCCAUUUCUUAUGUUAAUCUAGUCUUGCAUGUAAUUUAGACAUUUAAACUCUACCAGGACAGUAGGCUAUAUUUCCUUGCUGAUUCAGGCAUCCCGUUUGAUGCUCUUAUGGUACUUAGGAAGAUUAAGCUUUUGUACGAAUUUGUCCUAGCGUAUUAUAUAACAGGGAAAAGCUCAUCUUAUAUAUAUAUAUAAGGUCAUGAGGCUAUAUUUCCUUGCUGAUUCAGGCAUCCAGUUCGAUGCUCAUAUGGUAUUUAGGAAGAUUAAGCUUUUGUACGAAUUUGUCCUAGCCAAGGGAAAAGGUCGUCUUAUAUAUAUAUAUAAGAUACAUAGGCCUAGUUAUACAUAUAUAUAUUGUAAAUCGCAUCGUUCACAGCAUAGCAUGUUCAGUGACAUUAAGUGCACUUUGGUCCAAUCUCUUUUGUGGAUCUGUAAAGAGAAGGAUAUCUGGGAGAAUGUUUCAGUGCUUCCUUUUAGCACUUAGCACAACAAGAGUCUCCCACUCACCUGCCAAAUUCACCCUGAUAGGUAGCCUAGCGAUUUAAGGCCACACAUCUCAACAUAUGUGUCGUUCAUUCAAAUGUGAAUCGUUUGUUUUAGUUGUUGACAAUGACUCCAUACAUCACCGCUCUUGACAUGUUCUAAAUAUACUUUUUGUUUCGCAUCAUUCCUUGUUUAAUGUAUUUUCAUUAAUAGCUUGUAUUUCAUUCAUUUAUAAAGCUCAUAACUAGGAGUUGGUUCGUUGCUUUUAAUUGUAAAAAAAAUGGAGUUUCUACUGCUUUUAAGAUAAAACUUAGGUCUAUCGGUAAACAUCCAACAUUCUAGUUCCAUACAAAAUUUUACAAACUUAACACUAUAGAAGUAAAUCUCUAAAUAAUAUUUGACUACAACUUUCACAAUCACUUACAAUCAUGAUUAAUCUGAUUUUAAUUUAUAGUAUCAAGUAGCCUACACUUUCUCUCACUGUGUCUAUAAAUUCAUGUCAUAAACAUUUCAUAAACAUAUCAUAAAUAUAAACAGUAAUGAAGUAACAAAAGAAUGAUUAGUAGGCUAGUAGUAAGUCCAUCAUUAAUAACUUAAUAAAUAAUAAUAACGCUUGCCUUCGAGUCCAAAGAAUAGUGUCUCACGUAGUCACGCAGUCCCAGCUGUGACCUACAUAUUUUGCCACGUUCGACGCAGACAUCAACGUUGUCCGCCGGUGGUUGAUUUAGGUUCUCUUUUCACUGUCUACCUCUAUCCUGGACAUUGGAUUUUCUUUUGGUUUCCAAUGUAUACCACGCGGACUUGUAAGUGACCUCCAGCUGUCUCGUUAGAAAGCAGCAUGCUACCAAGUGCUCUCUCCUAUGUCAAUUGAAGCAAGUUGGCGCAUAAGCUGGUCUUUUAAAGCGUUUCUGGCGGGCAACUCUGUAACGCCAACCACCUUUCAACUUACCAAAAAAGGUUGUCUUUGGCAUAUGGUCGUCGCCAAUUCGAGAUACGUUCCCUGCCAAGAGUAUACUGUCCAUAUCGUCGUUUGCCGAUAUAUGUCUGUGAUUCCAGCGUAAACUAUUAAAACUAUACAAAUUAUACUGAUAAUUUUUAAUAUUUUAAGGAAAAAAAAGCUUGUUAUUUCAUAGAUGGUCAUAAAUGCCCGGAAUGAAAGUAAUUAGAUUAUAUAUUGGUUAUGUAUAUUAACAGUGGAUACCAUUAAUACAAACACUUUAACAUUUAAUGUUCCCAUAAAAUGAACCUACUAGAUGUAUAGACUUUAACGAUAUCAAUAGAUAGGCCUACAUUUUGCUGCAUUAGACUACUUGAAAAGUAAUUCAGAUGCAUAACUCAGAGUUAGAUGUUUUACAUUGAAGAUACCGUAGGGCAUAUUAAACAAUUUAACCCAUUUCGGCCAGCCGUUUAAUGAAUCUUUGCUCAUCCUGAUCGAUAGGUCGACCUUCAUCAAAUAUUGAUUUCUUUUCACAUAAUUAUAAAUUAUCAUGUUACAUAUAAAAUAUAUUUAUUGUGAUGAUGUGUAUAUAGAAAUCAUUAGAGAAAUGAUGUAUAUAGUUUUCAGUUUGGUAUACACAAUUUUUUUUUCAUGUUAUCAGCUACACUUUCCAUGGCUAGUCUGAAAUAAAUUAUAAUAUGUAAACC